CAAAAAUCAUUUAAAGACACUGCAAUAUACCAGUUAUCAUAGUUUUGUGGCUCAUCGUCACAGCGCCAUGUCCAGUCUCAAUCUCCGGAGUGAAAACACCUCCCAGCAACCCCCCACCGAAGCCGAUCUCAAGAACGGCUUCACCCUGAAAGCCGCCCCAGGCACUGACCUCUGGUCCAAACCACCCUCGACGGUCCGGUCAAAUGCACCCACGAUCACCAGGGCGAUAGCACUGAGCCGCUUCCAGAGAGCCCGUGUUCACGUCAGUGCUGACUGGUCCACGCUCUACGACCAGGGCGGACUGGUCUUGAUGAUGGAGCACAAGGCCCGAAAAUGGAUCAAGACGGGGAUUGAGUUCGUCAGUGGGAGGCCGUAUGUGAGUACGGUAGCGAAGGAUAACUGGGCUGACUGGAGCCUUGCGCCGAUAUCGGAUGGCGGAGGCGGGGUGACGAUUGAAAUGGUGAGGCAGAAGGGUGCGUUGUGGGUUUACGUGGUUGAGAAGAGGGAAGGGGAGGAAAUCAUGGUACCGGUGAGAGAGAUUACCUGGGCUUUCGCUGAGGAAGAGGAUGUCAAGGCUUUGGCUGGAGUGUAUGCGUGCCGACCAGCGAAAGAGGGCGGGGAGUUAGACGUGGUAUUUCGGGACUUUGAGCUUGAAUAUACAUAACCAAAGUGACCACACAUCGCAAAAGCCGUACACAGCAGUUUAGUUAACUAAGUUAGUAAAUCCCGCGCGAGCUACUAACUAUGCGAGUUAAAUGUACGUAGGUUUUCGGGUUGAGGGCGACCUUUCUGCGCCAUGUUGAAACGAUACGAGGCAACUGAUUAAGC